GAAGCCAAGGACCCAGAGGGCCAAAAGAGCUUUGGAGCAGCGAGCACCUAAGCUCGUGGAAAAUACCAAGAAAGCUCUUUUUAUUAAAGGCGGCAAUACCAGUGAAAUUGUAACACAGAUCCUGAGAGACUGUUAUGCUUUGAAGAAAGGAAAUGCUAUUUUAUUUAAAAAGAAGAAUAUUUUAAAACCGUUUGAAGACCAGACUUCUUUGGAAUUUUUUUCUGAGAAGAAUGACACUUCGUUGUUUAUGUACGGAUCUCAUUCCAAGAAAAGACCACACAAUAUCAUAAUUGGUAGAACAUUCAGUUACCAUGUGUUAGAUAUGAUAGAAUUGGGAGUAGAAAAUUUCAAAAGCUUGUCUGAUUUCAAAAAUGCUAAAUAUUCCUCUGGCAGUAAACCGUGUCUGGUGUUUUCUGGUGAACCAUUUGAGCAGGAUACUGAACACAAAAGAUUAAAGAGUCUACUCGUUGAUUUUUUUCGAGGCCCUGUAGUUACCAACGUGCGUUUGGCUGGUCUGGAGCAUGCAUUACAUUUUGUUGCAAUUGAUGGCAAGAUUUAUCUUAGAAGUUACAGAAUCAUAUUAAAAAAGUCUGGAAGUCGAACGCCACGUGUCGAGCUCGAGGAAAUAGGACCUUCUUUGGAUCUGGUUAUGCGACGAACUCGCCUAGCAGCAGACGACUUGUUUAAAAAAUCAAUGAAACAGCCAAAGGAAGCAAAGAUACGAAAGGUGAAGAAUGUUAGUCGAGAUGUGUUUGGAACAAAGCAUGGAAGAAUACAUAUGCAGAAGCAAGACUUGAAUACGUUACAGCUAAGAAAGUUGAAAGGAUUGAAAAGAAAAACAGCUGAGACAGAAAAUAAUGAUAACUCGAAAAAGGCAAAAAGUGACUGAGAUUGUUGUUCAAUAAAAUACUACAAUAAAUUAUUUGUUC